CUCGUCCUUCUCACCGCUGGCUCUCGCUUCGGGAUCGUCGCUGUCCUCGGCGCCGGCACUCUUGCCGGGCGGAUCAUCUGGAGCCGGAUGCUGCGGCGGCGACGGCGGCUGUGGCGGCGUCUGGCAGGCUCCUCCAGCCCCCUGGGAGCGGGGGAUGGGCUCCGGGCACGGAGAAACUCCCUCCACAUCCAUCUCCAUCUUCCCAUUCACUGGAGGACAAGACAAAAGCGGAGCGCAGAUUUGACAGCCGCCGGCGGCGGCUCAGCUGCCGGUGGCACGCAUGGCUCGCCGAGGAGGAGCCGCCUCCCGCGCGCCCUCCCUCCCGCUAGCCUUCCCCCGCGCGCCCCGCAGCUCCGCUCCGCUCGGCUCCGGCACCGGCGGCGGGCCCGGGGAGCGCGAGCAGCGGGUGGCCGCGCGUCCUCGGAGCAGUGGCCUUCAGGAGCCCCCGGCAGUCCCGCUAAGCCGAGCGCAUCCCGGAGGCGGCGGCAGCGACGCCUCCCAUCCACGCGCCCAGCCCCGGGGCCGCCCGGGGACUCCCUCCCCAGCUGGGCCUCCGAUCCUUGUCGCUUUCCAGUCUCUCCGGGGGCCUCUCGGCGUCUCCCCUCCCCUCCGCUCUGAACAAAGUUACUGGAAGAACAAUCGCAUUGCUGGGACCUGCCGGCGAGACUGA